CAUUUCCAUUCUUAUCCUGGACCUUGAAGGAGACUAUACUAAUUUGACUAAUAUGUAUUAUAUGCAUUGCGUUCAAUGUUGAAAACAAGACCAACGAAAAAUCAACUAAUUUGGUAGGUAACUAAAAGUCUAAAACUACACCCCAUGCAUCAGUAAACUCUCUCUCUCUCUCUAAGAAACUCUGCUCCAAUUUCAUGAAAUGUUACUCCAAAUCCUUGUCUUUCUCAUCCUUCUCACCACCUACAGCUCCAUUAAUGCACUUGAUUUCCUCUUCAACUCAUUCAGCAUAUCUGAUCUCACAUUAAUCCAGGAUGCAAAAGUCGAUUCUUCUGUUAUUCGAUUAACAAAUGAUACUAACCAGUUCUCAAUUGGUAGAGCCUUUUAUCCAAUUCCAAUACCCGUAAAACCAAACACUAAUAACAAUACCCAAAUCUCAUCAUUCUCUACUUCUUUCAUAUUCUCUAUUCUUCCGCAAAUUACAUCAAGUCCUGGUUUUGGUUUAGCUUUUGUUCUCUCAAAUUCAACUUCACCACCAGGUGCAAUCUCAGGUCAAUACUUCGGAAUUUUCUCAAAUUCAACAGUCCCUACAGUAUCUCCAUUAUUGGCUAUUGAAUUUGAUACAGGAAGAAAUCCAGAAUUCAAUGAUCCAGAUGAAAAUCAUGUUGGUAUUGAUCUAAACAACAUCGAAUCAGCAAAAACCCAGACUGCUGGUUACUAUAAUUCAUCAAAUGGUGAUAAAUUUGUACCUGUGAAUAUGAGAAAUGGACAAAAUAUUCGAGCUUGGAUUGAAUUUGAUGGAACCCAGCUCGAGAUUAAUGUUACUAUUGCUCCUGUUGGGGUUUCGAAGCCGUCGAAACCAUUACUGACUUACAGAGAUCCGAUCAUCGCUAAUUAUGUCUCAGAUCAAAUGUUUAUUGGUUUUUCAGCUUCUAAAGUAACUUGGAUUGAACCUCAAAGAAUCCUUGCAUGGAGUUUUAGCGAUACCGGAUCGAUCGCUAGAGAUAUUAAUGUUACGGGGUUACCGGUUUUCUCACCGGAUUCAUCGAGCUCUUCUUCCAUUUCAGCUGGAGCAAUAGCCGGAAUUGUAAUUGGUUCUUUUCUUGGCACAUCACUCUGUUUCCUCUGUUUGUAUUGGAUUUGGUUUCGAAAAAAUGGGAAAUUUCACAGUGGAGAAGAAGAAGAUAAUGAGAUUGAGGAAUGGGAGUUAGAAUACUGGCCACAUAGAUUCUCAUACGAAGAGUUAAACGAAUCGACAAAAGGGUUUUCGAGUGACGGAUUACUUGGGUUUGGUGGAUUUGGUAAAGUAUAUAAAGGAACUCUACAAAAUGGUACUGAAGUUGCAGUGAAAUGUGUGUCUCAUGAUUCAAAACAAGGAUUAAGAGAAUUCAUGGCAGAGAUUUCGAGUAUGGGUAGAUUGCAGCAUAAGAAUUUAGUUCAUAUCAAGGGUUGGUGCCGCAAAGGAAGCCAGUUGAUGUUAGUGUAUGAUUAUUUACCUAAUGGAAGUUUAAACGAUUGGAUAUUCGAUAAGCCGAAACAAGUUCUGAAUUGGAUUGGACGAAAACAGGUUAUGAUCGAUGUUGCCGAAGGUCUGCAUUAUCUGCACUAUGGUUGGGAUCAAGUUGUUUUGCAUCGCGAUAUUAAGUCGAGUAAUAUACUACUGGACGCAGAAAUGCGAGGACGAUUAGGCGAUUUCGGGUUGGCAAAGCUGUAUCAACAUGGCCAAGUUCCAGGUACUACAAGAGUAGUAGGUACAUUGGGUUAUUUAGCACCAGAGUUGGCAGUGUUAGCAUCACCAACUCAAGCUAGUGAUGUGUAUAGUUUCGGUGUUGUGAUUCUAGAGAUUGUUUGUGGCAGAAGACCUAUUGUUACUUGGACUGAAGAUGAAUUGUUAUUGAUAGAUUUUGUUAGAGAAUUAUAUGAACAAGGAGAGUUGAGUAAAUGUGUUGAUGUAAGGAUUGCAGGAGAAUAUAAAACUGAUGAGAUUGAAAAUGUUUUGAAAUUAGGAUUAGCUUGUUGUCAUCCUGUUCCUAAACAAAGACCUACUAUGAAAGAAGUUGUUGCUGUUUUAUUAGGUGAAGGUUCUUCAUUAGUGGCUCAACCAGGACAUUUGUUGUCUCAUCUUUCAAGAAGUGGUGGUAGUGGUGAAGAUGUUUGAUUUGUAUUCAUUCUUCAAUGACUCCGGCUUUGCACGGCCAUGCCGGAGACUUUGACUUCUAUUCUUAAUGGAACCAUAAAAUAUUACCUGUUUUUUCUUGAUUCUAAUGUACUAAUCUCAGUUAUAUGCAAAUAAUGAAGAAUCUUGAAUGGCCAUUUUUUUC